GAGCGUUCACUGCAGCACGAGGCCACGUCCGCCGCCUUGCGCAAGAAGCAUGCUGACAGUGUGGCCGAGCUGGGGGAUCAGCUGGACAACGUCCAGAGGGUCCGGCAGAAACUGGACAAAGAGAAGAGCGAGCUGAGGCUGGAGAUGGAUGACCUGUCCAGCAAUUUGGAGAGUGUGGCCAAAGCCAAAAUUAAUUUAGAGAAAAUGUGCCGUUCCCUUGAAGAUCAACUGAGUGAGGUCAAAGCCAAAGGGGAGGAGCAGCAGAGGCUCAUAAACGACCUUUCUAGCCAAAACACUCGGCUGCAGACAGAAAACGUUGAAAUGUCUCGCCACCUGGAGGAGAAGGAAGCUCUUCUCUCUCAGUUCACCCGGGGAAAGCAAGGCUUCCUUCAGCAGAUUGAGGAGCUGAAAAGGCUUCACGAGGAGAUGGUGAAGGCAAAGAGCGCGCUGGCCCACGGCUUGCAGUCCAGCCAACACGACUGUGAGCUGCUGAGGGAGCAGUUCGAAGAGGAGCAGGAGGCCAAAGCUGAGCUUCAUCGCUGCCUCUCCAAGGCCAACAGCGACGUGGCCCAGUGGAGGACCAAAUACGAGACGGACGCCAUCCAGCGUAACGAGGAGCUGGAGGAAGCCAAGAAGAAGCUGGCACUGCGUCUGCAAGAAGCAGAAGAAGCCAUGGAAGCCGUCAACUCCAAGUGCUCGUCUCUGGAAAAGACAAAGCAAAGGCUGCAGGGAGAGGUGGAGGACCUGAUGAUGGAGGUCGAGAGGUCCAAUGCCACUGCCGCCACUUUGGACAAGAGGCAGAGAAAUUUUGAUAAGGUUUUAGCUGAGUGGAAGCAGAAGUACGAGGAGAGUCAGGUAGAGCUGGAGUCAGCUCUCAAAGAAGUGCGGUCUUUGGGCACCGAGAACUUCAAGAUGAAGAAUGCGUUUGAAGAAUGUUUGGAGCAAGUGGAGACGCUCAAGCGGGAAAACAAGAACCUACAACGUAAGGCCUUCACUGAGUCGUACAUAGUUUUUAUACAUGGACGUUGCCGAAGCAACGUUGGUGUUUUUAUUCCAGAGGAGAUUUUGGAUCUCACUGAGCAGCUGGGAGAAAUGGGAAAAAACAUCCAUGAGUUGGAAAAAUCCAAGAAGCAGGCUGAGCAGGAAAAAUUGGAGGCCCAGACGUCUCUGGAGGAAGCUGAGGCCUCCUUGGAACAUGAGGAGUCCAAGAUCCUGCGAGUCCAGCUGGAGCUUAACCAGGUGAAGAGUGAAGUGGACAAGAAGAUAACUGAGAAGGAUGAAGAGCUCGAGCAAAUGAAGAGAAACAGUCAGCGGACCAUCGACAUCAUCCAAAGCAACCUGGAUGUUGAAGUGAGGAGCAGGAAUGACGCGCUGAGAGUCAAGAAGAAAAUGGAGGGAGACCUCAACGAGAUGGAGAUCCAGCUGAGCCAUGCCAACAGGCAAGCAGCAGAGGCCCAGAAACAGUUGAGGAACGUUCAAGUUCAGCUGAAGGAGGUCCAGAUUCAGCUCGAUGAUGUGCUGAGAAGCAACGAGGACAUUAAGGAGCAGGUUGCCAUGGCCGAGCGCAGGAGCAACCUCCUGCAGGCAGAAAUGGAGGAAAUCAGAGCUGCCCUAGAGCAAACGGAGAGGAGUCGCAAGCUGGCCGAGCAGGAGCUGCUGGAUGCCGGGGAAAGGGUUCAGCUUCUUCACUCGCAGAAUACCAGUUUGCUCAACGGUCGUAAGAAGCUGGAGGCGGACUUGUCUCAGAUUCACGGAGAGGUAGAAGACAGUGUCCAAAUGGCCCAGAAUGCAGAGGAGAAGGCCAAGAAAGCGAUCACUGACGCCGCCAUGAUGGCGGAGGAGCUGAAAAAGGAGCAGGACACCAGUGCUCACCUGGAGAGAAUGAAGAAGAACCUGGAGACCACCGUCAAGGACAUGCAGCAGCGUCUGGAUGAGGCAGAGAGCCUCGCCAUGAAGGGUGGAAAGAAGCAGCUCCAAAAACUUGAAGCGAGGGUGAGGGAGCUGGAAAACGAGCUGGAGGCAGAGCAAAGACGCGGGUCUGACACCGUGAAAGGAUCACGCAAGCUGGAACGCAAGAUUAAGGAACUCACUUAUCAGUCAGACGAGGACAAGAAGACCGCCAUGAGGCUGCAGGAGCUGGUGGACAAACUCCAGCUGAAGGUCAAAGCGUACAAGCGGCAGGCUGAAGAAGCCGAGGAGCAAGCAAACAUCCACCUGACCAAACUCAGGAAGGUGCAGCAUGAGCUGGAGGAGGCUGAGGAGCGAGCUGACAUCGCCGAGUCCCAGGUGAACAAGAUGAAAGUCAGGAGUCGCGACAUGGCCAAGAACAAAGACAGUGGGGAGUAGUCGUCCAUGGCGGCCAUCAAGCGGACAUCUGCUGUGAACCACUGUAGUCUGCAACAGUCAUCCCUCGCAUCGCAGUACAAACAACGCUCCCUCACUCCAUUGCGGUUUUUCAAAAAUUUAAUUCUCGUCGGUUUUGGUUGUCUAUGGCCUAUUAUGAGUCAAAUAUUGAAAGACAAGUCAUAUGUACUGUAGAACUCUGGUCACUAGGCAUCACUAAAGUUACAUUAAUGAGACAUUACAUUAACUCCAUCCAUCCAUUUUCUAUACCGCUUCUCCUCAUUAGGGUCGCGGGGGCAUGCUGGAGCCUAUCCCAGCUGACUUUGGGCGACAGGCGGGGUACACCCUGGACUGGUCGCCAGCCAAUGGCAGGGCACAUAUAGACAAACAACCAUUCACACUCACAUUCAUACCUAUGGACAAUUUAGAGUCGCCAAUUAACCUAACAUGCAUGUUGUUUUGGAAUGUGGGAGGAAGCCGGAGUACCCGGAGAAAACCCACGCGCACACGGGGAGAACAUGCAAACUCCACACAGAAAUGCCCAAAGGAGAAUCGAACGCAGGUCUUCCCGAUCUCUGUGUUGGCCAACAUGCUAACCACUCGACCACCGUGCGGCCCCAUUAACUUAACUUGCAAAAUGGACACAACCAUGGAUGCGGUACAACAUGACAGUGGAUCCACUUUUGGAUGUGUUUCAUCCUCAAAAUUCAAUAACAAAGACUAUCGAAAACAUUACAGCCGAAAUCAAGGUAACACAACAAAAACUUAAUCCAAUGACAACACUAGCCACUUAGUCACGCAAUAAUUAAUUAACAAACAAGAAAAUGAGGGGGCAGGGGGAAAGCACAUUUCCGCAACGGAGUUCAUGGCAAGUAACUUUUCCACAGAACCUACUCAACAUAGUGGCUUAAAAUACAAUGGGUGGCAAUUGUGAAAGUUGUGUGCAUUUUACCGCAGUUAUUUUAUUUGUAUUUAUUUUAUUUUAAAUGUACCGCUUGAGUCAUCGUCGUCAGCCGCCAACCACAUCAGGAGCCAAUGAUUGUUUGCACCGGCUGGGAUUUCAUUGUGCCGCACAGCGGCGACAGCGAAUCAGGAAGGGACUUCACGUCAGCUGACAGGAAUCAUGUAACAAAUGCUACAAUUCCACACACGGUGACUUUAAAUGUACUUCUUUUGAUUCGUAAUGUUACCCUAAUAAAAUAAAGUCUAAAUUCAAAAACAUCUGCCUCAUGGACAUCUUUAUCCAGCACAUAGUAUACAUUACACUAGAUCAGUCAUACCAAUAUAAGGAAUUCCAGGUUGCAUUGACAUCAAUGGAACUUGGUGUUUAAAAAAAAACUUUGUAAACAGCGCGCAGAGCCGUCCAAAACUGCUUUCAGGGCUCACUUCCAAACGAGCAAACCUCAUUAUCUGACGCAUUGGCAUCGUUUAACAUGAGAAUACAACAUUGUAAAAACUGUAAGUCAGAAAAGAGUAAAAGCAUAAUAGGUCCCCUUUAAAGAAUCCUCGUCCUCCAACAAGACGCAUUUGUCAUUUGAACCAAGCAUUGGAGCAAAGGUGUAAAUAUUCCAUCUUCAUGUGAGGCCACUAACGACGUCAACUUGCGUUUACCAAAAGCAGAUAAGCAUGCUUAGCAUGAAUGUGAUUAUCAUCAAUUCAUAAGUUUAUUGCUUUUUAAACUGACAGACUUUUUUGUGAGAAAAAGAGAAGCAUUGCAAAAAGGCAACAAAUACAAAACUCACUUGACAUGUUUCUCUGCUCAUAUUCUGUAUUACACAUGUCCUUACAACACCUUGAUUUGAUUGUGCAAAUUAAAUCCAUCAGUCAUUAUUCAGCAAUAUUCAGCAUAUUGUCUGUGCUGUGCGUGUGUGUGUGUGUGUGUGUGUUGAUGAACAGCAAAUGUGCACAAUGUGUGUGUAGACUGAGGUGGCUUCAGCCAGGAUAAACCUGAGCAUGGUGUCAGCUGAUGACAACAUCUUUGUAAUCCUGACGAGGGUUUGCCUCAAUGUAUUUCUUUAUGUACCAGCAGGACACUCGAGCCUUCAGCUUCUCCUCAAGCAGGAAGUCAAAGGCAGCCUGAAAACAACCAGAGCAUGAGUGUACAUCAGCCUACACGAGCCUACCUGAGCUAACGCAAGCCUUGUUGAGUCUACAUGAGCCAACACAAGCUGACCCAUGCCUGCACUGACAUGGCAAACACACUGCGAGUAGUCUGACCUUUGACAGCAGAGCGGCCACACCUUGACCCCUGAAAGACUCGGGGACAAAGGUGGACAGGAGCUCCACCUGGUUUGGCGCUGUGAACUUGUAGAGGAGUGUUGCUGUCUCUUUGGCUCCUUUGGGCAGUUGGAAGCAUAAAGAAAUCAAUAAAUUCAUACAUUUAAACUACAAUU